AUCGCCAAUUCAAGCUGAAGUAAAAAUAAUAAAAAUAUUUAAAGUAAUUGUAUAAUGGCAACAACUGAGCUCUUAAUGGACAUUGCAGCCGUGUGUAGAAUUUGCCUACAGGACAGCGAUACACAUAUGGUAUCCAUCUACGAGCGCGAUGAGGAGCACCAUGGUGUCUCCAUAUGUGAGAAAAUUGAAAACUGCAGCGGGAUUACGAUGGUACGCACCUCAGAGCUGCCCACCCGCAUUUGCUUGAAAUGUCGCGCGUUUCUAACGCUGGCGCACAAAUUCCGACAGAUUUGCCGGCACUCAGAUAAUUUCUUGCGCGAAUACAUAUGCAAAGAACUAAGAGAUGAGGAGAUAGAAACGCUGCAGCAGCAGGUUGUAGAUGCACCGGCAGCACAAACGUACGAACAAUUGGAAGUGGAGGUUCUGGAAGAAGGCACUUGGUGCAAUGACGAACUGAUCGAAGAAGUGCCCACCAAUCUUGUGCCUGAAGUGGAAACAAAUGUCAUAUUGUUGCCAGCCGAAGAGACUGUGCCCACACACGCAUCCGCUGGCAAGCCACAUGUUUGCGACAUUUGUGGAAACAGUUAUCCACGCAAGAGCACACUCGACACGCACCUGCGACGACACAACAAUGAACGACCAUAUGAGUGCGAAAUCUGCCAAAAGUCAUUCCAUGUCAACUAUCAGCUAAUGCGGCAUAUUCGCCAGCACACAGGCGCUCGACCCUAUAGCUGCCAAUAUUGUCAGCGCAGUUUUACUGAUCGCACAUCUUUAGUCAAGCAUGAACGCACCCAUCGCAAUGAACGUCCCUAUGCGUGCGGAACCUGUGGCAAGUCUUUUACGUAUGCCAAUGUGCUGAAGGUGCACUACAAAACGCACACCGGCGAGAAGCCACACAUAUGCAGACUGUGCAACAAAAGCUUUGCACGCCAUCACAAUUUGGUGGCUCACCUCCAUACGCAACAGCAUAGCAACGAUCCCCGCACCUCUGCCUAUUUACAAACGCUCAAGGCCAUCAACGCUGGCAGCAAUGUAGCUGCAGAGAAUUUUUGAAAGUAUCACAGGUGUCUAAUCUAAUAAGAAACGGCAAGAACGUGUAUCUUUGUUUACUAACGAUUAUUUUUCGAUAUACUCCCAUACGAUUGAGACCUUCAGUUCUGAUGGGAGCUAUAUAAUAUAUCUAUUGAGGUCUCUGCUUUGAAAAUUUGAUGAGAAAAAUGUUUCUGUUAAAUGCAUUAAAUUUAAGAUAAU